UCCGAUAUGAAAACCUCAUUUCACUGAAAACAACCUGGAGGCAUUUUGGUUCCUGAAUCAAGCCAAAAAAACCAUUAUAACCCCGUUUUAACCAAGGAAUGGAAAAUAUGCCUACGUUUACACCAAGCGGAGGCCAGCAACUUCUUGUCCGGGGAACAAUUGAAGAAAAUUUUGACGAUAAAAUGCCUCUCACAAGUCGCUACGCAUGGCCUCGUAGGUCAGAAUCGUCGCUAAGCACAAGCAGCUUUCCAAACAGAAACAGCAAGAAUCCAUUUUUUGCGAGGCAUAAUCCUCAUCCACAGAGAGUUCGCCAUCUAAAAGGACUUUUAGAUGUCCCAAUUUGCACUGUGAUCGAUUAUACGGUAUGUACACCAACAGUCGGCACGCCAACUAUUGACCAAAUGCGGCAGAGACCUCUGAAAUCCAGCCAUGGUUUGCGCUUACCAAUCAAUCUAGACAACGUGAAAGAAAAAGCUGUUCCAUCCGUUGGUUUAGUUCCAAUAACAGAAACCUGGCGAGAAGAGUUGAGGAAACUCACUGAAGCUUCUGGCCUUAAAACCAAAAGUCGCUAUACCAACAUUGCAAGUUAUCAGGUGCCUCCAUCACGGCAGGGAUCAAGACAAGGGGAGAGACCUCCACCAUCAAGAGGUGGUAUGUUUCCUCCCCCAUCAAGGAAUGGAGAAAAACCACCAUCUAGAAAUGGGGAAAUUCCUCCAUCACGGAAUGGUGAGAAGCCACCAUCAAGGUUGGGAGAGUCCAGGCAAGGAGGCAGGCCAUCUAUACUGCAACAGGAACUUCCCCUGCAGCACAUUGCAGCAGAUACCGAUAGUGAUCUCACUAUGUACAACAUGUUGGUUAAUAUUCUUCAACCAACACAUCCUGAUGACAUAAAAUCUUGGUUAGUUCAUGCCCCAGACAGAGAAAAAGAAAUUGUUCUUGACAUGAUUCGUGCAGUGUGCACAUCUGAUAAUGAGUACAGAGAAGGAUUCAAUGAUACAAUGAAGUCUGUCAUGUAUGAUGACCAGCUAUUACAACAUGAGUCUAGCCUUGAUUUAGAUGAGAUACAGAAAUAUAAUGAAAUGAAGAGAAAGGAGAGAGAAGUGCUGGAGAGGAAGAAACAAGAAAAAGAAGAAGCAGAAAAACCAAGGACACCCCGUUCAGCAGGUUCCCAGGGCUAUACUCAAUAUCAGUGGACGAGUCCUGGAUGUAAACCCAGCUCACCAUUUGUUGCAUCAGAGAGGAAGAAAGAAGCAUUGAUGGAACAGAGCAAACCAAGGCCUGGCACAGCAGAAGCAGAAAUUGAAGAGAUUCGAAGUCGGCUCCAGUCCCGCUCUUCACCUCGAGUGUUCUCACAUCAGAGAGCCUCAGCAUCACGACACUCUGUCAGGGCCCAGUCUCAGCAGAGUGUGUAUGUUCCACCAGCUGAGUGCCUGGAACCUGCUGCCAUUAGGCCUCCUAGUCACCAGUCCAUCAAGUCACAGCAGUCAGUGAUUCGCAGCAUUUUGUCAUACAAACCACAGCAAAAUCAGUAAUGGCCAAUGGUUGUUGUUGGCAUAAUUGGAAUAUCUAUAUUUGUAGAUAAAUCUCUGUCAGUUCAAGGCAUAUUUCAAGUAAAAAGCAUGUAAAUGUAAUAUAUAAUUUAUUUUACUUGUCUAUGAGCACUACUUUGUAGAUCAACUAACACAGUAGCUGGUGUUAGACUAAGAGGUAGUUUUUGGGAAUUUUUUACGUGUUUUACUCAGACACUACUUGUGUUGGGACCCACUUUUCUUAUUCCAGGAAUGACAAGAUUUUAUUCGAAAACCCAAUUAAGUUGCUGUUUUUGUAACCUUUUGAUGCCUUCCAUAAAAGGGGUUAGAAAUUGAGCCAUUCUGUAUGUUAGUCUUGUUAGAGAAAAAAAAAAUUGUAGAGAAGCUUUUUUAAGAAUUUCACUUUCCACUCAACUUAGGCACAUAAAUUAUUAAUUUUUUUUCACCCUUUAAGUAAAUAGCUAACGUUUUUAUAUAUUUUUUUUCUUUAGUGUCACAUUAUACAUUUAAACUUGUUACAUUUUUUUUUUUAAAAGAAAUUAAAAAGUUUGAAUGGACCAAAAAAAUCUGAAAUCUUUUUGUGUGGAGUGUACAGAGAUACGCUGCCCUUUAAGAAUAAUUAAAUUGCUUUAUUUUGGAUUUAAUGAAAGUGUGUAAAGGAUGACUAUCAGAGAACGAAAACAAAUCAGUGAGAUUUCGUUGACCUGUGUGCGUUCAUAGACUUGCUUGAAAGAAAUUUGAUCGUCAACACGGGAGAAUUUGUACACGGGCAAGUUUUGAAAUUGGAAUCUAGUUUUUUAUGUACAUGUGAAAAGAGAGAGAACAGGCUCUUUGGUACACCAGGUGUUGCUCUGUAAGAUUUGUUCAAAUGAACUACUCGAAAGUUUAUUACUGUUUAAGAAUUCAUUUUGUAAACACAGGAAUAAUAAAAGUCAAAGAAACUGGA